AUGGCUUCAAACCAACCUGAAUCCAAUCCAAGCACGUCCAAGUAUGCCAUUGAAUGUCCUCCUGAAUGCCCAAUAGACUUCUUUGAUUAUGAUGGUACAGAACAUUCGAUUCCGUAAGUUUUUAAAUUUUUGGCGUUGGUUUUUAGGUAUACUUCCUAACAUUUUUAGGUUUUUUCCUUACCAAUAGGACUAAAACAAUACAUUAUUUAAGUAUAUUGAAACCUGUUUUCUAAAUAUUGUCUUUUACCUUUAAAAAACACACUUUUAGCUUUCAAAAACGUAUUUUUAGAAAAGCCAAGUUUUCGGAUGUGAUAUCAAGGAAUGCGGAGAAGAUCCAGUGGCGGAAUAUUGUUGGCCAAAUGACAUUACUCGACUUGUACGAUGAUCAAGACAGCCCCGCGGUGAAGGAGGCUAAAAAAGUGAUACAGACGGCUCAAGCCGUGAAGGAACAGGUCAAGGAGAAGGUCGAACCAACGGCUGGACCAUGGGCUUCUGUGGCCAAGUGUCUGUAGUAUGUUUGUUGAUGUUAUUAUGAAUGUUUUUUAAUAUGGUAUUUUAUAUUAACUAUGAGUUAAAUAAGGCUAUAUUAACCAUAAAUAAAAUAGAGUUUCAAAUUUUAGUCAAUCAAUGCAAGAGGUAGAUGUACUGCUGGAUGUAUUACGGAUUUCGAAAACAAAGUAUUUGAAACCAGAACAACUGGCAGCUUUCAUACCUGAAGAUAUUCCGGCUGAAACUGCUCAAAAAGUCAAGGCUUUUAACCUUGUAUCAAGACGAAAGGUAGGGUAACAUAAAAAAUAAAAACAGGUAACAAGGUAGUAUUCUAAACUGAAAAUCUUGUCAAAAAAUACUAAAAUCGAGAGUAUUAUGUUAAUUAAAGACAUUUGUUUAAAAUUUCGAUGUUUAGGCUUUCGACGAAGCGAAGAAGCUGCUGGAAAUGUUCAAAGCCAACAGCAAGGACACGCAUUUCAACACGGAAAAGUCUCAAUUCUUUGAUGAAUUGAAAAGAAUGAGAGAAAACUGGAGGAUACGAAAGGUUAACGAACUUAUUUUUGGCGAUCUUGGAUACCGGAUAUGUAAGUUAAUAUAACAAUGACAUUUUGAAUAUAAGUUACAAAAAACGAGAUAUUACCAUAUAUUUUAGUCCUAUUAAGUUAUUCACAUAAUGCUGUGCCCUUUAAAAGUAAAAUAUACGGGGUUUGGGGGCACAGAUUUAUGUGAACAACCUAAUAUAAUAUAAGCUAAAGGUAUACAUUUAGCUUUAUAUAAAAUUUGUUUCAGACGGUCCCAAGUUCCAACAAGCGGAAAUGUUUGACAUUCUUUGGAGCCCAAAGUUGGCCAAUCAGUCUGGCAAAGGCUGUAUGCAAAUUCAGGUACCUAAGAACCUGCAACGAAGGACCAAGUUGGCGGUUUCUAUAGUGAAAGGUAAACAACUUCAAAUAUUCAAUUAACGAUGUAGUUAUAAAAUUAUGUAGUCAUAAGUUUGUGGUUUUUAGAUGACCAAGAAAACCAUGACUUGAUCUUCUCAAAGGACUCCUUCAACGCCUAUGACUCGAACUCGAUGGAUGUACCAUGGGAAGACGCAUUGGAAUGGGCUCAAGAAAGUCUGAUAUGCAAGGAUAUCUUUACUCAGGUAACAUGUUAUAAUAUUUUAAGUUUUUAAUGCUACACGUCAAUGUAGUUCUUAAACUGCUUUACGCCAAGAUAGUGAUUUGAUUAAAAUUCUGUGCCCUUCAACUCCGAAAAUUUGCUUUGAGAAGAAGCACAAAAUUAUUUGAACAACUUACAAGGAAAGUACCCUACCUGCUCAGAAUCAGCUAAAAAUUUUUAUAUGAAUACUUCGUACUACCAAUAGUACCCAUAAAAAAUUUUGGCUCGCGCUUUUGAGUUUCAAAUUUAAGUUAUUUGGGUUUUCCGCCAAUUUGCCAUUGUGUUUCAAGCACUUUUUUCGACUUUCCAGCCAAUCUACACUUACAAAUUUAAAAAUGUAGGUUCAUUUAAAGGUUUUCUAUUAGUAUAUCAAAGAAAAAUUAUUAAAAGUCAGAAAAUGACAAAGUUACAAGCUUGAAACACAAUGCCAAGUUGGCGGGAAAUUCAAAACGUAAUUUUUUAAUCUUUAUUUUCUCGGGAUUUCCUGGAAAGCGCGAUUUAGUACUUUGCUGAACAUCUUAUAUUUACAUGUUGUUUCUAUAUAAAAAGUUUGAAGUCAAUUAGAGCGGGGCAGGUGGGGCACUUUCUUUGUUAAUAGUUUUGAAUUAUCUGGAAAUGGUUAAAAUUGAAACUCACUUUUUAUGUGAUGAAGAUAAGGACCGUAUUUUAACGAAUUUCACUUUAGCUGAUCAAAGAAGCGGUGACCGAAAGUCAUAUUUGUAUUGUCACGGACAAGACGCUUAUUGUAUGUUUAUCGGAUGGAAUGUUGCUGAAGUUUGGGAUGCAUUACUUUCCGUUUCAAGUAAGUACAACAUCAAAUAAAAUAUUUAUUUUAGAUGAGUAGCAAGUUUUAUGGUUUAAUCAUGUAGCUGUAAAUGGACUUUAAUAUAAAAUUUUUUAGACAUGACCUAUCAUAUUUUAUAUACAUGAUUUGUCUUAUUUAAAUAAAAAGAAACGUUAACUGGUGAUCUAAAAUAAUAUUUUUAAGGCCGGUGACUUACCAGAACUGGGUGAUCCAUAUCUUAACGUCAAUCUUCGUGAGUUGUUUGUGUCAGAUUUGGUUAAACCAAGAUAUCGGCCUCAAAGGUUCGUCGGAGCUCCGUUGUCACAACUUCAAGACGCAUUGGACCUUCGAGGAUCUCAAGGUGUAGCUUCCGAUGAGGUAAAUAAUAUGUGUCUAACUUAUUAAAAACGUAUCUUUGAUAAUGAAAUUAUUGUAAUUACUUUUGAACAAAGAAUAAUUUUUCAAUUAAAGUUCAUCAAAGCAUAUUAUUAUAGAUAAAGACCCGCACUUUUCCCCCGAUACCCCUACUCGCUCGCAUGAUUAGGCGAGCUGAACACUACAUGUUGGUCGACAGAGUGGUGGAAGUGCUGAACAUGCACAUGCUGACUCGAGAUGACCCAGCACUAACGUGGAGAUGGCUGAGAACGACGCCAACUUACUCUGUCAUCCUCGGUCAUUUGCAGAAUCGACCAGACAGUCACGGUAAAAUGCUAUUCAACAUUAGAAUUGGCAGUCACGACGUUGUGGUAACGACCAAAGAAAACAUGGUGAUACAGUGCUACAGACAGUCAAAUCUACUGGCGCAAGCUAUUCAUACUUUGGUAAGCGGAUUUCGAGUUUAUAUUCAUCAUAAUGAAUGUUUUACAGAACUUUUGAGCUUCCAUGUUUAAUAUAAUGUUGUAUUUUAGGCGUCAAACUGCCAGUUAUACUCCACAUCAAAUUUUGCUCGCCAAUUUGGAUGGCAAGUGCUUCAUGCCAAUAGUAACGCGUACAACUCUGAAGGAGUACCUUCACCCACCUUAUAUUGUUGUAACCAGAGCUCUACAAAGUAAGAUUUUUGUAAAACACGUGUAUAUCAUAUAAAUAUUAAAACUUAAUCUUUAAUCUACAAGUACACCAUAAAAUUUUAUGCUAAUUUUUUAGACGUCUAUUCAUCGAAUUCUCGGCCGACUAUAGAUCACCAAAGGUCUUCAUAAUGACAGAACCAGUCCUCGAAGACGAUCAAAGAGCCUUGGAUGAGAUGGACACGGAAGAGUUCCUCAAACUGUUCAAGAUAGUCAACUUGAACAGGGUCCCCGGCUCGAACUUCAUGAAAAAGAUCGAAGGAAUUCUCACAAUGUUCCGAAUUUAA